AUGGCCUCUCCACGACAACCAUCUCGACUGGCCAACCAUCACUUCCGACGAGUGAAGUGGUACAAUGUCAAGACAGGCUAUGGCUUCAUCAAGGACCUGCAGACCGCGACAGACAUCUUCGUCCACGUGUCCGGGAUCACACGGUUCCUAAAGAAAAACCCUCCGAAAGAAGACAACGAAAUCAUUUUCAACGUCCAUGGAAGUGACAAGGGACCUGAGGCGAGAGAGACGGGAACCAUUGCAGGGGGUGAAAACCAUCGCCUGCAAAGCCUGAUUCCACUCCUGCUGCAACAUAGCAACCUACCCGGCACAAAUACUUGCGUCAGCUAUUGCCUUCCCACGCCCAACAAAAACGAACCACCGCGACGAAAACAGCCUCGAGUCGCACACCAGAAACCUCGAGAAAACGCUAAACAUCCCUACCAAGAAACCAGUGGGGAGGAAGCCGAGGAAGCAAUGAUUAUCAACGCCAACGAAGUCGAAAUGGAUGAGUAA